AUGUCCCGGAGCCCGAAGCCACUUACAAGUACUGAUGCCAACAUUCUUGCGCUGCUUGCGGACGUGCAGCCCGUGGCGCUGACGGCCGAGCUGUCUCAAAGGAUCUGCGAAGCCGCUGCUGCUACAGUCGCCCAUGUAGAGCGACUGAAUGCAGUGCCUCCGUCACCCGUGCCGGCGACACGGGGGCCCGACAGCUCCUCAAUUACCACUGCAGCCACCGUCCCAGGAGUACUCUGCCCCUGGCUUGCAAGUACGACCGCUGUACGGCAAUUGCUGUCGCAAGGUUUCAAGGUUGUGGCUGUGGAGUGCCAGUCCGCUGCGGUGGAGCGAGCCUGCGCAGAACUGGGACUGGGUGCGGAGGAGAGGGGCUGCAGUCGCCGCCUCCCAUCCGUCGCUGCCAUCGCCACCACCACAGCAGCAGCUGCAGCAGGAGGCUGCUGCCAGGCCUUCCCGCUUCACGCCGUGUGGGAUGUCUGGGGCUUGCUGGUGACGCCGCCGGAGCUGCUGUCGCGCUACGCCGCCGUGUGGGCGGAGCUACUGCCGCGUGGCGGAGCUUGGCUCGCCGCCGCCGCCGUGUGUACGGAGCUGCUGCCACCGCCGCGGGAGCCCGCGGGAGCUGCUGCUGACGGUUGCCCGGCGCUAGCAGCAUCCCUGAGCUCUCAGGGGUUGCAUGUACACGACCUGGCGGGUGUGUUGAUGCCCACCCUGGAGCGCGCGGGUUUUGCGAUCGUGCAGUUGUUGGCCCCUAGUAGGGACCAGGUUGCUGAGGAGGCGGGAGGUGGUGUCGCGGUGGCAAAUGGUGACUUGACUGAACAGAGCGCUGAGGAUGCCUUAUCAGAAGCUUUGGAAGCAGCUUUAAAUCUCAGAGCAAGCCUAGGCUGGGCGGGUUUGGAAGGCGAAGAGGUUUCAGCAGCAGCGCUGACUCGCGCUCUUGGUGAGAUUCUUAAGAACACACAGGCAGGGCUCCAGGGCCGCGCAGCAACCGUGUACGCCACUAUUCUGAGUAUCCAAGACGCACCAGACGUGGGCAAAUUUCUUAAGCAUCAUAGCAUGCGAGGUAACCCCGAGAUGUUCCAGCUACUUUUGGAAACCCUUGUAGACCUCACCGGCAGCACAGCGGCAUCCGGCAAGCCUGAGAAGGGCAGCAAGCGCGGUGGCGCAGCAGCGCGGAACCAGGGCUCUCAUGGAGGCGGAGCAUCUGUUGCGGAGGCGGCCUUUGCAGUGCUGCCGUUGGCGAUGGAUCCCCGGCACCACAGCGUAACUCAAAUAGCUAGCGUGGUUUGCCAACGCAUUACGCCUGUGUUGGUUGGAAUAGACACGGCGAAGCGCAGUGGCCACGGCUGGGAUCGUCGUACGGCAGCCCUGAACCUCAUAAAAAACUUCUUCAGCACCCAUGACGCUGCGCAGCCCUGCCGAGCGGCCCUGCUGCGUCGAAUAUGCUUGCGGACGCCAGAAAAAGCGGACUACCGUCAGGUCGCCAUCAACUCGGUGCAAACACUUCUGUCGGGCUGCACACCCGCCGAGGUCCGAGCGUUCUGCCUCUUCCUCUACCGCCUUUCACGGAACCCAAAGAUCGCCCACCGCACUAUUGCUGUGGAUCUGGCGGCCGUGUUCCUGUCCACCAUGCCGGCGCCGUUCGCGGCCACUGACUCAUACCAGCGGCUGCUUGAUGGCAGCUGCGGUGCGGGAGACCAGCUGGACGCCCCUUGGAGCGCAAUCUGCUUGGCCAUCAUCGUCGCGCGCGCGAACGACAAGUCCCCCACCGUGCGCGGCAAGGCGAUCGGCUGCCUGGCUGACAUCGUGCAGACGUUCGCUAAGCGGCUGUUGGACGCGCCCGAUGGCGGCCGGGAGGCCGCUGAUAUCGCCGCCUUCUUACCUGCAUUCUGUGCCUCGCGCCACAUCUGCGUCCAGGUCAAUCGUCCGCAUGGAGCGGGAACAGGAGACGCGGAUGGAGGGUCAGACAAUGACGCUGAAGGCGCUGGUGGCAGCGGUGGGCGCACGGCCGAUGAUAAGAAUGAGGGCCCAGGAAUAGCCCCACCGCCCGAGACGGAGGCGACGGCUACCAUCCCCGGCAAGGUUUCAUUGGAAUUGUCCUGGAUGCGAGCCAUGUGCCACAGUCGAUGUCGUGAUGAUAAGGCGGCCGUUCGCAAAGUGGCGCUGCAGCUGCUUGAAAGCGUCUUGGAGCUAUGUGCGGCAGCGGCUAGGGCUCAGCCGCCACUGCAGCAAGCUGCUGGCCAGCGUGCGGCGGCAGAGGGCCCCUCCGCAGAGGAUAUCCAAGUCUUGGAGGAUGGCACAGCGGACUCACUGGUCAGCGUGCGCAAGGCCGCCCUGCAGGUCGUGUGCAACCUCGUAGUGUGCUACCCACACAACGCGGACCUGGCCUGCAUAUGGGCGCGCUGUGUGCUGCCCCUGAUCCGGGACCCGGAGAGCGCCAUUCAGGAGGUGGUCGUGGAACGACUGUCCAAUUUGCUCUUAGAGCCCGUGGCGGUGCUGGGCUCCAGGGGUGGUGGUGGCCGCGGCCGGCAGCAGGCCUGCGCGGAGCUCCAGCCGAGGUUCGCUGCACUCGCGCAAAUGGGGCGAGCAGCGUCAAGCUGCCUGGGCAAGGCAUUGGGGAUGAUGGCGGCGAAGAAGCUGCUGAAGGGGCCCCAGGUUGCUGCGGGCCUGGAGGCGUUCCUUACAACAGGCCCAGGCAUCCAUGUUGACAACGAGCGUGAGGACACAGCAACGGAGGAUGCCGCCGGCACCGGCGCUGCCGCGCAAUCUCGGGGAAGCCAGAUAGACACACAGCAAGAGCGGCAGCUGCAGCGACGGGAGCAACAUCGAGUGGCACGGGACCAGCGUGAGGGGGCAUGGAUGCUGCUUGUUGAGGUUGCGGGCCAUGAUCCCGCCGCACCAUCGUGGCAGUUCCUGCAGCGUUGCUGGGAUGAGCUGCAGGCCGGGUGUGCGGGGACUAAUGGUGAAAGGUCCGCGCAGGAGGGCGCCAUGCUGCUGUGGGUAAUCAGCCACGCUGCGUCUCGUUUCCCCGCGGCAGAUGCCGCGAACCUGGCGUCCGGGCUUCUAUCGGCCAUUCUGGGCUUCAACCUGCCGUGCGCUGCCGUGGCGGCCCACCUGGUGGCGUUACACAAGCUGACGCAGGCGGAGGGUGGGCAGGCGGUUGUGGGACAGCCAGCCGAGUGGUGUGCCAAGGUGCAGGUGGCCUGCGAAGAGGUGCUCACAAAUGCUAUGGAAUCGCGUGGUAACAUGAGCAACGCGCUUGCUACCCACUGCCAGCUGGCGCUGUUCACUCUUGGCGAGGUGGCACUGCUCCAGGAGACAGCGCUCCCGGGCGGUGCGGCGGUCAAGGCUGCAGUGUCUUCCCAUGCGUGGACCUGCCUGGGCAAGAUGUGCAUGGCCGACGAAGGGCUUGCCAAGAAGUGUGUACCGUUGCUGGAGAUGUCGGGGUCCCCGAACCCGGUCGUCCGAAUUAACCUGCUGGUCGGGCUGGCCGACAUGGUAGUGCAGUUCACAGGGCUGGCGGACGCAUACGUGGGGCGACUGGCGGACAUGGUGCGCGACCCCCACGAGCUAGUGCGUCGUCAGGCACUGGCCCUGCUGGCCAACCUGCUGCUGCGUGACUACGUCAAGUGGCGGGGCUCCCUGGUGCACAGAAGAAGGGCACGGACACACAAGCGCUCUACUUCCCGUCCAGUGCCUGUGUGGGAGAUAACUAUUCCUGGGUUAUGUGACAGGUUCCUGCUCGCACUAGUGGACGAAUCACCCAGCGUGCGUCAGCUGGCGCAGUACUUGCUCAGCGACUCCCUGGUGGCCAAGGCGCCCAUGUUGGCAUACAACCACUUCAUCGAGUCGCUCUUCGUGCUCAACGCCUGCAGCGCGGGCCUUCAUGCACGCCGUGCCGCUGGCGCUGCUGCUGCUGAGCUGGCGUCAGAGCUGGUGUCAGAGCUGGCCCUGCAUAGCAGCCAGGAGGGAAGCGGCUCCUUCCAUCUGAAGGGUGCAACGCCUGUCAUGAGAGCCAAGCGCGACAUCAUCUACACGGCCCUCCUCCGGCGGAUGAGUCCCGAGCACCGUUUCUCGGCAUUCGCCAGGCUCACCGCGGACAUCCUAGGAGGCGUCGUGGACGGGUUGCUACCGCUGGCAGAGGCGGAUGAAGUCCUAGGCGACGCACUGCGGUUGCUGGCAUGCCCGGACAUGAAGGUGAAUGCCAACCGCUUCGGUGCGCCCGCUGAGGAAGACAUGGAGCAGCUGACCGGCACGCAGGAGGACGUCGCGAAGGCGCGCGGCAAACUGGUUGGCGCCAUGAUGCGGAAGCACCUGGUCGACAGCGUGAUGCCACUGAUGGUAGAGCUCAGGUAUAUGCUGCAGGCGCAGAAGCACCCGUUGCUGGGCUCGUUGAUGCUCUGCAUGGCCACCCUCCUCCGGGACUACAAGUCCGAGGUGGAGGACAUUCUUGUAUCGGACAAGCAGCUGGCGCUGGAGAUCACUCACGACAUAAAGCACUACGAGACCUUGGCCAAGCAGCAGCAACGGCAGCAAGAGGCAGCCAUGGCGGCUGCUCUUGCUGUAAAGCCUGCUGCAGCCUGUCCUAGCGCCAGCAACGCAAGGGCUACACCCCAGAACCACGCCGCUGCACUGGCAGCCACCGCGGCCGCGUCUCAUUUAACGCCACCAGCCCAUGUCGAGAGACAGCGACGGCAGACUGCCAUAUUGCCAGGCGUCGAGCCGGCCCGCACACCGUUGGCUGCAGAGGUGCUCGCGACGGCCUCGAGGCGUGGCCUUCAAGGUCCCCAACAAGCUAUGCAGCGCACUCCAAUUGCGGCGGCGGGGCCCGGUGUGGGGCCGUCAGCUGCAGCCGUGACUCCAGCGGCAAGAAUGCAAGGGGCAGCUUGUCAAGUCUCUCUUCCAUUCGUGCGUGCGCAGUGUCAAAAAGGGGUUACAAAGGGUAAUAUAUCGGCUCCCAACACACCACAGGUUCUGCCGCCAUGCGCACUCCGCGCACUGGGGUCCCUGGCACCAUUCAACGCAACAUUCCUGGCGGCUUGA